AUGUCGACCCACGGAUAUACUGGUCGCUUUAUCAAAGACCAUUGUGUGUAUGGCCAGGCGUCCAUAGUCUUGUCGGAUGAUAUGGCGGCUUUGUCGAAGUGGGUAUCUAAUGCACAUGAUACGUUUGGUAGGAAGACCAAGCUUGUGUGCACUAUGGGUCCAUCAUGUUGGGAUGUUGAUACUCUGGUGAAGAUGAUCGAUCAGGGUAUGAACGUGGCGAGACUCAAUUUUUCACAUGGCGAUUUUGAAGCCCAUGGUGCCACCGUGCAACGUAUUCGAGAAGCAUUGAAGCAACGCCCUGGAAAGCAUGUUGCGCUUCUACUCGAUACCAAGGGUCCUGAAAUUAGAACUGGUUUUUUCAAAGAGACAGGCGGUAAGGUUAAGCUAGAGGCCGGUCAGGAGCUUGUCCUUACUACUGACUAUGAUCACAAGGGGGAUUCUAGCAAGAUCGCCUGCAGCUAUGCUAAGCUACCUCAGAGUGUCAAGCCUGGCUCUACCAUUCUUAUGGCUGAUGGUACUGUUAGUUUGGAGGUUAUCGAAUGCCUUGAGGACAGCGUUAGGACUAGGGUUAUGAAUAGUGCUACAAUUGGUGAACGCAAGAAUAUGAACUUGCCAGGAGUUAAGGUUGACCUGCCUUGUAUCAGCGAAAAAGAUAAGAAUGAUAUUUUGAAUUUUGGUAUACCACAAGGAGUGAAUUUCAUUGCAGCAUCCUUCGUUCAGGAUGGUGAUGAUGUUAGAGGUCUACGUAAACUGCUAGGGCCUAGAGGUCGUCAUAUCAAGAUCAUCUCUAAAAUCGAGAAUGAGUCUGGUAUGAAGCACUUUGAUGACAUCCUGGCGGCCUCGGAUGGUAUCAUGAUCGCUCGUGGUGAUCUUGGUAUGGAGAUCCCACCUGAGAAGGUCUUCCUCGCUCAGAAGAUGAUGAUUGGACGAUGCAAUAUCCUGGGCAAGCCCGUCAUCACCGCCACUCAGAUGCUCGAGUCCAUGGUCACUAACCCCAGGCCUACUCGUGCUGAGGCUAGUGAUGUCGCCAAUGCUGUCUUGGAUGGUACUGAUGCUGUGAUGCUAUCUGGAGAGUCGGCAGGAGGGGCAUUCCCUGUUCAAGCUGUGACUAUUAUGAGGAGGAUAUGCGAGGAGGCAGAGACCUGUAUAGACUAUGAUACCCUGUUCCAGAGGAUUCGCGAGACUGUUAUGAACCAGAAUCAAGGGGUAGAAGCGGUUUGUUCAUCUGCAGUAAAGGCUUGCAUCGAAUGCAACGCCAAGCUUAUCGUGGCACUCACUGAAACAGGAUCUACGGCUAAACUUCUGGCGAAAUACCGUCCAUCUCCGCCGAUACUGGCCUUGUCAGCAUCAGAGUCUACGAUCAAGCAUCUACAGCUGUAUAGAGGGAUAGUAGCCUUACAGGUGCCCUCCUUCCAGGGCACAGAUCAUGUGAUAAGGAAUGCCCUUGAGCACGCCAAACAGAUGGGUUUAUGCUCGAUUGGGGACAAGAUAGUUGCAGUACAUGGUGUUAAAGAGGAGGUCAGUGGAUCUAGUAAUCUGAUGAAAGUCCUCGAGGUGGAUUAA